CCCCCAUCCAUUUUCUAUUUUUCUCAAAUCGAUUGACACAAACACCCCAAAUUUUGUUUAAAUAAAUUUCAGAUCCUGUUUUUUAAACUAACUUUUCUUUUUUGUAAAAUAUAUCCAUUAUUUUAAAGUUUAAAGUAAUAUUUUUAUUUCGAGUUAUAAAUAAUAAAAAUGAACUCCCCUUUCCAUAAACUCUUAAUGAAGAGCCAAGGGACGUUUAUUAACAGACCCUUGGUUUCAUAUUAUUUUCUCCUCUCAUAUUAUUACUCCUUACUUGCAAGCACUAUCGGUUUCUUUAGUACACUGUUCUAUAGUCCUUCAGUCUACCACACUGGAAAAGUCGGAGAAAGAGUUCCAACUUUGAAUGCAGUACGUGAAGUUGAAGAGCUUUUAAAGCAUCAUGGAUUUUUAAACGAUGGUACAUCGGAAGAGGCUUACAACUCCCAAAAUUACCUGGAUACAUUUUCAUUUGAUUUUAAAAAUGUAAUGAAAAAUAAGGAGGAAAAACUCAAGAACUCCACCAUUUCAAGUGAUGGAGAUACAACGUUUAUUACUGAUGACUGUCCCAUUAGUGAUGAGGAUGAUGAUUUUUCGUUGUCAGACUUGGACGAAUUCGUCUCUUUAAUGCAAAAUUGUAAAAUGGAAGAAUAACAAACUAAUGUAGUUUCUUUUAA